CACAUAUGAAUAUUCAGUUGCAAUCGCUUUUCAACUGCCCAAGAUAAUCUUCUUUCUGAAAAUUAAUUCAUUUAAUUGUGUGGACAUCAGUUGAUGUUAUCUUUUUUGUUAUUUUAAAUAUUCACGGCUAGUUCAUGCACUUUUUCCAUGAUUGUUUAUCAUUACACAGAACAAAUAACAUCAUUUUUUUCUCGUUCUGCGUGCGAAGCAAAGCACAUAUGUUACUCACAUUACAGAGUCUGUUAUUACUCAUCGGAUCAAAAAUAAGCGCCCACUGUUCAGAAUAAGGAAAUGCUCAUAUUUCAAAGGUUUUACUAUAUUAUAAACAAACAAAAAAAAAACAACACUCGCAUUGUAAUGCAUAUGUUUUAUCCAUAUGAAUUAUUCUCGAUUUUUGGAGAGGUGCCUCACUCACGUUGAAUAAAACACUGAAUUACAAAAGUCAUGAUUUUAAUAUUCUUUUUUUAAAUGUAAAAUGAAGUAUAGACACAUGCUAUCCUCAUAUAUCUUUCAAAAAAAGAAAAAUUAGCGAAACAUCUUUUAAGGACACUGCGCGCUCUCUUUUUUGACUAUUUCUAUUUCUCGAAGAGAGUAUGACUGAUUUGCAUAACAAUACCUUGGGUUUAGAUUCAAAUUUUGAUGUAUUUCUCUCAUAAAAGAAAAAAUAAAGUCAAAUUUUUGAUAAAGAAAAAAAUAUUGUAUCUGCUCUAUCUGUGGUCAAAAUUCCAUGCGGAUCAGUUAUAUCCCUUUUCGAGAACCAGAUAUGACCAAAAAGAGGAGAGGGAAUACUCUUAAUAUUUGUUCCUCUAUCACUCAUCGUGAUCUCCUUUUAUAUUUAGAUUUAGUGUUUGUAUGAGAAAUGAUGUGGAUGUUAUUUAAAUGGAUUAAAAUACGACAGAUAUUUAAAAAGAUAGAAAAAUUUAACUUUUUUGAAUGUUUAUAAAAGAAGAUGAUGUCUAUUCAAAAUGUGAUUUAGUUCUAAUAAAGUUGUUUGUGACUAUAGUUUACUUAUUGAUAGAAUAUAUUUUGAUUUUGAUUUUUUUAUUAAUAAUUUGAAAGCUUAUUUAACUAAAUGAAUAAGUUAAUUGAUUCUCUUGAAUUAUUUAUUUAGGAUCAUUUUCAGCUGAUCAACCAUUAUCAGUUGAUUUUAGUCAGGGUCCAAUGGGUUCGGAUGAGUUACAACCAUGUAUUGAAGAUAUUCGUCAUGAAAUUGAUCGUCUUCGACGAGAAGAACAAUUACUUCGUGAAAGUGGUUCAGCAAAAUCAAAUCGUAUUGGUAUUAGUACAAUACCAGGUUCACCACAAGAACCACAUGAAAUUCAAGAACAACAAAAAUCUGAAACAAUUUAUCCACUUUCAACAAAUCCUUCAUCAGAUAUUAUUGAUAAUCCUUCAAAUAUACAAAUUAUUGAUGAACAAGAAAAUAUUGUUAAUAGUGAUGAUGAAGAUGAACAAGCUCAAAUGCCUGUUGAUGAUGGUCAAACUGAAUCUGAUGUACAAGAAGAAAAAUUAGUUAUCAUUACAACUGAAAUCAAUGCUAAACAAAAAUGUCUUGAAAUGCUUGAAAGUGCACGUAAACGUAGUGAUCUUAUACGUCAACGAUAUGAAGAACGUAUCAAAGUUCUUUCAGAACGUAUACAAAAUGCUGAAGAUGAAAAACAAGCAGCUGUUACGAAAUUAAAUUCAGCUGCACGUGAUCAAUAUAAUAUUGAAGAAUUAAAAUUAGCAAGACGUGAUUAUGAAGAAAAAAUUCGUCGAUUAGAAAUUGAAAAUAAUGAACUAUCAACAUUACGUGCACAAUAUACUGUUUGUUUAAAAGAUGGUGAAUAUUAUAAAAAAGAACUUGCAAAACAUACAAAUGAAUUAAAAGAUUUACGUAAAAUGAAAGUUCAAUUAUCACGUGAAUUACGUCAAGAAUUUAUUCGACAUAGACAAGCUGAACAAGCUAAAGCAAGAGAAAUUGCUACACUUAAACGAACACAAAUGCAAAAAGACAAUGUUAUUCGAACAUUACGUGCUCAACAUAAACAAAAAGAAAUGAUUCUAAAACGUAAACAAGAAGAGGUACAUUUAUUACGACGUCAAAUGCGUUCAGCACGGAUGCGUAAAACAACUAAAGAAAUGACUGCACAUUUUGCUGCUAUACAACAAGGCAUUACAAAUGCUAUACGUCGUCGAAAACUUAUUGCUGGUAUAAAUCGAGAUAUGAAUACAUUAAUAGAAAAUCGUGAACGUGCAAGUCGUAAACGUGAACGUUAUUGUAAACGAUUACAUAAAACAAUUGUUUUGAAUAAAAUUGAUAAAGAACAAUCUGAAGAAACACCAUCAACACCAAUACGUGAAUCAAUAACAAAAUUAGAUAGUACAAUUGCUUAUCUUAAUUCUGAAAUAGCAUCAUGUCAACAAGUACUAAUGGCAUAUGAUGAUGAACAACAAUCAAAUGAAUUAAUACAAGGACCUGAUCCACAAUUUAUUGUUGAUUGUGUUACUGAUAUUGAUGAACUUCGUUAUUUAUUAACAAAACUUAUUGAACAAACUAUUGAAAAAGGUUUUGAAGCUGAUGAAGCUAAUGAAUUAAUGUCAUAUGUUGAUUUAGUUGAAAAUAUCCUUGCUAAAAAAGAAGAUGUCAAACCAACAGCAGCAACAUAUAUUAAAAAAGUAGUAACAGAUACUUGUCAAGAUGAUUCUAUGGAUACAACACCUGUACCUGAAGAUUCACCAUCAUCAAAAACAAUUAUACUUCGACCAUUAUGUAAUUCUCCAAGUCUAUCUAAUUAUCAAAGUGAACCUAUGUGUUCAGAUUAA